AUGGUGAACGAAACGCUACAUCGUCAUGAGCUCGAAUUCUCUCUCACCAGUUCCCUUGCGAAGAUCAAGCCAGCAGUUAAAAGAAGACCAGACUCGCGCCCUUUAACAAAGCUUGUGUCCACCCACGAGGAUGUACUUCCACUCGAAUACAUGCUUGAAGUUGUAACCAACCCAGUUACUGGCAAAGGAGGAAAAUCUCCGAGAAUGCGACUCACCUCCGACUACCAACGAACGAGGCUUCUGCUGAAGAAAAGAAGUAACCACAAAAUCUCGUGUGACACCAAGGACUGGAUCAAGGGAACCGAAGCCUACUACAUCCAGUGCAUCCACCCGCUGGGAAAGGGGUUUCUGUGCGUCAAAGAGAGAAAGGUGUUCCGGAAGCAGCAGCAAGAACAACAAAAAUCAAGACAAAGAGAGGCAAGAGAAACAGAGAGACAAGAGGCCCGAGAACCAACAAGGACACGGGGGGGACCAACAUGA